AUGCAGCCAUUGGAAUCAGUGACGUUUGAAGAUGUAGCAAUCAGCUUCACCCAGGAAGAGUGGGCCCUGCUGGACACAUCCCAGAGAAAGCUGUUCAGAGACGUGAUGCUGGAGAACAUCAGUCAUCUGGUCUCCGUGGGGUAUCAGCAUUGCAAAUCAGAUGUGAUUUUCCAGUUGGACCAAGGUGAAGAGCUGUGGAUUGAAGGAAGAGGAUUUUUCCAAAGCCACAGUCCAGGCAGGGAAAGUGCCCUUAAAGAAAUCAGGAAAGACACAUCUACAAUCAUCUCACUGCAAGUAUCUCACACUCCAGAGGAUCCCUUCGAAUGUAAUGAUUUGGGAGAAGAUUUCACUCAUAGCUCCACACUGAGUCAACGUUUGUUAACUCACACGGAAAAGACACCCUAUAUCAACAAACAGUGUAAAAAAUCCCUUAGUGACCAAUCAUAUCUUAAUCAACAUAAGCAGAUCCACACUAGAGGUAAAUCGUGUGAGUGCCAUCUGUGCGGAAAAGCCUUCAGUAAUUGCUCUAGCCUUAGAAGACACGAGAUGACUCACACUGGAGAGAAACCGUAUGAAUGCCAUAUCUGUGGGAAUGCCUUUAUUCAAAGCUCUGACCUUAGAAAACACAAUCUAACUCACACCGGAGAGAAACCAUAUGAAUGUCAUCUCUGUGGGAAAGCCUUUAGUCAGUCCUCUAACCUCAGACAGCAUGAGAGGACGCACACUGGAGAGCAGCCGUAUGAAUGUCAACUCUGUGGGAAAGCAUUCAGUAAAUGUUCUGCUCUUAGACGACACGAGAGAACUCACACUGGAGAGAAACCGUAUGAGUGUCAUCUUUGUGGAAAAUCCUUCAGCCAGUGUUCUGCCCUUAGACGACAUGAGGGAACCCACAAUGGAGAGAAAAUUAUGAAUGCCUUCACUCACCUCCACUCAUUCCAGCUUCCCACCAACAUCAGCUGUCUCAUCUAUGCACUGAUGGUGACACAACAGGGGCCUUCACCCCACUGGCUGGUUUCUCAAUGUGCCAUGACCCUGGCCUACCAGGUCGACAGUAUCAUGGACGUCUAG